AUGGCCGAUUUGAUAAGUAACCAAACUAAAUUCCUUAAUGCAGCGCGGAAAAGGAACAUAACUUUUAACGAAGAUAAAGGUGUUUUUGCUACAAAACGAUUGAGCCUCCUGGGAUAUGUCAUUGAAGAUGGCAACUUGAGACCAGACCCAGAAAGGCUACGCCCUUUAAAGGAAUUUCCUAUUCCUCAGAACUUAAAGUCACUUCGGCGGUGUUUGGAGUUGUUCGCUUAUUACGCCCAUUGGAUCCCAGAGUACUCACGAAAAGUUAAACCAUUGUCAUCAUCUUCUACCUUUCCUUUGGGAGAGGAGGCUGUGAAAGCAUUCCACGAUCUUAAAUCGGACAUUCAAAACUCGGUUGUAGCAGCAAUUGAUGAAAAUAUUCCUUUUGAAAUUGAGACAGAUGCGUCAGAAACAGUGAUUGCAGCAGCAUUGAAUCAAGCAGGGAGACCAGUCGCAUUCUUUUUUCGUCAGUUGACAGGGCCUGAAAGGAAUCACCCAGCAAUUGAGAAGGAAGCUUUGGCAAUUAUCAAAGCUGUCAGGUAUUGGUCCUACUACUUGACUGGUAGACGGUUUACACUGAAAACUGAUCAGAAAUCAGUUAGCUAUAUUUUUGAUAUGCAACAUAAAGGCAAGAUCAAAAAUGAGAAAAUGAGGCGCUGGAGGAUUGAACUUUCCUGUUUUACAUUUGAGAUUGUGUACCGUCCAGGUAAAGAAAAUGUUCCUCCAGACACAUUGACCAGAGCGUGUUGCUCGGCAAGUAAUGUAACUGACCGCCUUGUCGAACUUCACAAUAUGCUAUGCCAUCCGGGAAUUACUAGGAUGUGGCAUUUUGUGAAAACAAAGAAUCUCGCAUUCAGAGUAGAGGAGGUAAGAAAGGUAACAGCUGCUUGUCAAGUUUGUGCUAAAUUAAAGCCGCGAUUUUAUAAGCCUAAUAACACACCAUUGAUCAAAGCCACCCAGCCAUUUGAGCGUCUCAAUAUAGACUUUAAGGGGCCGUUGCCUAGCACGGAUAGGAAUAUUUACUUCUUAACAGUCGUCGACGAGUUUUCAAGACUCCCAUUUAUAUUUCCUUGCUCUGAUAUGACAUCAUCUACGGUGAUUACCUGUCUCUGUCAGUUGUUUUCUUUAUUUGGAACACCGGCUUAUAUCCACUCAGACAGAGGAACGGCAUUCCUAAGUAAGGAACUUACAGAAUUUCUUGUAAAAAGGGGUGUAGCAUGUAGCAGAACUACUAGUUAUAAUCCUCAGUGUAAUGGGCAAACGGAGAGAUAUAAUGGCAUCAUCUGGAAAACAAUUACAUUAGCUUUGGAAACGCGAGGACUACCAACGAAACGAUGGCAAGAAGUUUUACAUGACGCUUUACACUCUGUCCGUUCAUUAUUAUGUACUGCCACGAAUGAGACGACGCAUGAAAGAUUCUUUACCUUCAACAGAAGAUCAACAUCGGGGUCAUCCAUCCCUUCCUGGCUGUGUUCUCCAGGACCCGUUCUUAUUAAGCGCCAUGUUCGCGCCCACAAAACUGAUCCGCUAGUCGACGAGGUUGAACUAUUACACGCAAAUCCACAAUACGCUCAUGUACGUUUUCAAGAUGGUAGAGAAUCAACAGUAUCACUUCGUCACCUGGCUCCUGUUGGAGUGAUUUCAGAUAAUGAGUUUGGUACAGCGGCUGAGAAUGAUAUUGCGCCACAGAACAAUGACCCACAGAACAAUCAGAUAAAACCCUUAUUAAAUGAUACCUGUAUAUUUAAAGAACCAUCAGAUAAUGCUAACGAUAGCCCUAAGCCAAUGAGUUCUAAGCCUAAUGAAAGUUUAAACGUAACAGACAAAUCGGUAAAAAUUCGACGAUCAUCCAGAAAAAGCAAAACCGCCUGA